AGUAUAGAGACCUAACUGUACAGGAAACGACCAGUGUUAUUACUCAGUACAAGGACCUCAAACCUGUCAUGGAUUCAUAUGUUUUUAACGAUGGCUCAUCUAGGGAGUUGAUGAGCCUCAGUGGAACCAUUCCUGUGCCUUACAGAGGUAACACAUACAAUAUCCCAAUUUGCUUGUGGCUGCUGGACACUUACCCUUUCAACCCCCCGAUUUGUUUUGUUAAACCCACUAGCUCUAUGACAAUAAAAACUGGGAAGCAUGUUGAUGCAAAUGGAAAGAUAUACCUUCCUUAUCUGCAUGAGUGGAAAUAUCCCCAGUCAGACUUACUCGAGCUGAUUCAGGUCAUGAUUGUUGUGUUUGGUGAGGAACCUCCAGUCUUUUCUCGGCCUACUGCUUCAUCUAGCUACCCACCAUACCAGGCAACAGGCCCACCAACUACUUCCUAUGUGCCGGGCAUUCCAGGCGGAAUAUCUACCUAUCCAGCAGGAAGCACUCCAAACCCAAGCUACCCAAACUAUCCUUAUCCGGGUGGCGUUCCAUUUCCAGCAACCACUAGUGUUCCGUACUACCCUUCUCAGCCUCCUGUGACUACUGUUGGACCCAGUAGAGAUGGAACUAUCAGUGAGGAUACCAUUCGAGCUUCCCUUAUUUCGGCAGUCAGUGAUAAACUGAGAUGGCGGAUGAAAGAAGAAAUGGAUCGUGCACAGGCGGAACUCAAUGCCUUGAAACGGACAGAAGAGGACCUGAAGAAAGGACACCAGAAACUGGAAGAGAUGGUGACUCGCCUGGAUCAAGAAGUGGCUGAAGUUGACAAGAACAUUGAACUUCUCAAGAAGAAGGAUGAGGAGCUCAGUUCUGCUUUAGAGAAAAUGGAAAGCCAGUCAGAAAAUAAUGACAUAGAUGAAGUUAUUAUUCCGACAGCACCGCUUUACAAGCAGAUCCUGAACUUAUAUGCAGAGGAAAAUGCAAUUGAAGACACCAUCUUCUAUCUUGGGGAAGCAUUGAGACGUGGAGUGAUAGACCUAGAUGUCUUUUUAAAGCAUGUACGUCUUCUGUCUCGCAAGCAGUUCCAACUGAGGGCAUUAAUGCAGAAAGCAAGAAAGACUGCUGGACUCAGUGAUCUCUACUAAAUUCUCAGACUUAACCUGGGAAGUUAGAUUUCCUUAUGAAGCAGCCAUUCUCUUGAUAUUUCUCUUAAUCAGUAGGUGCCCAGAAUAAGUUAUUACAUCAUUCAAGUGUAAGAUAUUUUGAAUUAAUAAUAUAUUUUCUUUUUGGUAAAGACUAGCUUUUAUUAAUGCACUUUCUAUCUCCUGUAAUCUUUGUGCUGGUGGACUUACGCUGAAUAAAACUUGUUGCAUAUUUUCUUCCUCUA